UACCAUCUGAGCUACAUCCCCGUUGACAUAGACUAACAUCAAAUCAUUUAGUGGUUGUGAGCUACACAGUUCAACACUCUAUUUGCCAUUUGGCAUGGUUCUCAUCGUUCUCAACAUCCAAUCGAACCGUACCAUUAACUAAAGAAACCUUAUACACGUUCCUAAUGGAUUGUGGUUUAUUUAAUAGUUGGUUUAAUUUUGGUUAGGCAAAGAAGAAUGGAUUUGAUUAACUCUCCCUCCCUCCUUGGCCGACAUUAUACAUGCUUUAUUUUGUCAAACAUACAGACCCGAUUUUUGACUUUAGAACCAGCUAUUUUAUCCAGUGGUGGGAUCAAUGCAGAUAAUUUGGCAUUGACCGAAUCAGACUCACACUGUUGAUACUCUUACUAUUCUUUUCAAACACUUUAUUAUAAACAUUUGUUACUAUAAAAACAGUGGUUUACAUGACUUUGAAAAUAGAAUGAAAACCAAAUAAUCUCUAGUCCACGAGUUUCGUUAAUCACUCGACGCAGUUUCCUCAUUUUCCUCUAAAUCACUCCCUCACCGUUCGAUUUUUUUGUUUCCACGAGCUGAUGUUUGAAUUGUGAUCAAAUCUAGUCUAGCUAUAGCUAGAGAGAGAGAGAUUACUAUGUUUAUGGAUCGUCGAGAGAGAAGGCUUUCUAAUCGCAACGGCACUCCUCCUGAAUACACCAACGGAAAAUUCCGCGACGAUAAAAAUGGUUACGGUGGAGGAUUCUUCUUAGAUCCUUCUAGUCCGAACAUCCUUCGCAUCCCGUCUCCGACUUCUUCUUCUCCUCCUCCGCGUUCCAGCUCCCCUGACCGUGGCUACAUCGAGCACCGCGUCUCCAAGUUCGAUACUCUCGCCGGCGUUGCCAUCAAAUACGGCGUUGAGGUUGGAGAUGUUAAGAAGAUGAAUGGGCUUGUUACUGAUCUUCAAAUGUUUGCUCUCAAGUCUCUCCGGAUCCCUUUACCUGGAAGACAUCCUCCUUCUCCUUGUUUAUCUAUCGGCUCCUUACACCAUGGAGAGGGAUGUUCAUGCCACGAACUGGAACCACAAAACGAUACCAACAGCGACGCGUUUGACUCAUUCCAGUCUCUGAGGUUGAAAUCUUCAAAGAAGAAAGGCUACUACGGGCUAAAACCACCAAUCAGAACAGUUUCUGUAGGAGGAAGCUUAGAGAUGGGAGCUUACAAGACAGAAAGCAACGGUGAUAGUCAAUACCUCAGACCUUUCCCAUCCACAAACACUCCCUUAAACCACCACAGGAAGUCCAGAAGCUUAGUCAAUGCACUUCUCGAAGAGUUCAACCAAUCAUCUCAAGAACCGAGUUCCACUAAGUUUAUGAGAAGACGCCAAAAAUCUGAAGCCGACUUUACAUCCCGGACUCCAGAGCUUAUGUUGAAAGAAGAGAGCACUAGCAGCAGCAACGGAGGGUUCUUAUCAUCAGUAGGAGGGAAAGGUUUAGCUUUGAGAUCAAAAGCCUCAAGUAGAACUAGUCUAUCAUCAGCAGAAUCUGAGACUUGGAGUUUCAAUCCGGUACCAAUGAACUUGAUGGAUGCUCUUGUUUCAGACAGCUUUGCCAGUGUAAGAAAAUCUUCAAGUGCAUCGAGUUUACAAGAUCCAGACGGUAACAGCAAUAACGGUUCAUCGUCACUGUCUCUAUGGUCGACUUCUACACCUGCUGCUAUUACAAGCUCAAUCUUUGAUGGGUUGCCUAAGCCUUUAACAGGGAGGAGAAACAAAACGGCUAUGGACUAAAGUAAAAUGGUCAGUUUCUCUUUUAUUUAAUUGUCACAUUCUUUUUGUUGAAACUAUACAAAUCAAAAGUAGAAGAAGCUGUGUUUAGGCCUUAGUGCGGAGUAAAUAGAAGUAAAGAGAGUAUAGAACAUCUGAAGUUGUGAUGGUGAAUGUAAUAUUUUUUUUAAUUAUAAUGAGCAUACAAAAAAACAAUCAAAACAAGAAGGUUACCUUUCUCUCUCAAAUCAAAAAAGUUACAACAGAUUUAGGAAGAAGAAGAAAAGGGAUCUAUGAUGUUGGAAAACUCCUCUAGCCUAGUCUCUCUGUCCAUGUCACAGCCCUUCUUCCUCUUCUUUAACUGGCUUAGUUGCCGAAGAAGCCUGGACCAGCACGG